AUGCCGUCUCCAUCUCCGCACCGCGCAAAGUCCCGCUCCCGCUCCCGCUCCCCACGCCGCAGCCCCCCACGCCGUCCCAAGAACUUCAGCGGCCUCAAAUACAAGAACGACCGUCCCCGCGAGUCAGACCGCGAAAGACGACCAAGAGACGACGACCGCGAGCGUCGCUCCCGGGAUCCAGACCGCGAAAGACGGUCAAGAGAACAAGGACGCCGUCGCGACUCGCGUGAACGAGAGACGGACAGGCGGCCCAGAGACGGAGACUCCGAUCGUCAUCGCCGCCCACGCGAAGAAGACCGAGGAGGCCAUCGCCGUAGAAGCAGUCGCUCGCGUGAGCGCAAGCCCCGUGAGCCUCGCCCGGAAAAGGAGAAGAAGGCAACACCUGCAUCUGCAGCGCCCGUAUCCAACGAACCGAUGAUCAUUGUCACAGUGAAUGACCGACUUGGGACAAAAACCCAAGUCCCGUGUCUGCCUAGCGAUCCGAUCAAAGUGCUAAAGGCCAUGGUGGCGGCCAAGAUUGGGCGGCCGGUACAUGAGAUUAUGCUCAAGAGGCAAGGCGAGCGCCCGUUUCAUGAUCAGUUGACGUUGGCGGAUUAUGCGAUUAGUAAUGGGGUGCAGGUGGAUUUGGAGUUGAAUACUGGGGAUUAG